UCGAUGCCUUAAAACAAUUUUGAGUUGUUAAAUGUCUCUGACGUUUGCUAUGUCAUAUGUUACAAGCAGACACUGCAUAGCUGAUUCAACACUCAGUGACUUAUAGGAGGCCAUGACAGGUUGUUUUAACAGGGCAUCAAAAUACGUGAACAAUGGCAAAGACCUACGAUUACUUGUUUAAAUUACUUUUGAUAGGUGAUUCUGGUGUAGGUAAAACUUGUGUGUUAUUUAGAUUUUCUGAGGAUGCUUUUAACACAACUUUUAUAUCUACAAUAGGUAUAGAUUUCAAAAUACGGACCAUAGAAUUAGACGGAAAGAAGAUAAAAUUACAAAUAUGGGAUACUGCUGGUCAGGAAAGAUUCCGCACAAUUACCACUGCUUAUUACAGAGGGGCAAUGGGUAUUAUGCUUGUAUAUGAUAUUACAAAUGAGAAGAGUUUUGAGAAUAUAAAAAACUGGAUUAGAAACAUUGAAGAAAAUGCAUCAGCUGAUGUAGAGAAGAUGUUGCUAGGGAAUAAAUGCGAACUAACUGAGAAGAGGCAGGUAACAAAAGAAAGAGGAGAACAAUUAGCUAUAGAAUAUGGAAUAAAAUUUAUGGAAACAAGUGCAAAAGCUUCUAUAAGAGUUGAGGAAGCCUUCUUCACACUUGCCAGAGAUAUAAAGACUAAGAUGGAGAAAAAAUUGGAGGCCAGCAACCCACCAAAGGGAGGUCAUCAGCUCAAGGCAUCCGAACCCAUGAGGAAGCCAACCAGUUGGUUGUCUAGAUGUUCCUUACUCUGACAGCUGUCCAGUGCUGUUUCCAUUUGGCCUCAGACUAAUGUUUCAGCAGACAGUUAUUUCACUGUAUGUUGUGAAAAAUUCUUCUGUGGGAAGUACACAAUGCAUAAAGUGAUUUUGUAACUGCUCUGACCAAAUUGUGGCUGUAUAUUUAUUUUGAGAAAGGAUUUAUGCCAUUUUUAUAAGGUAAUUCGGUCACACGUUUGAAUUGUACUCGAAGAAUUGUGUACAGUUCUGUGGAUUGAAGUAAGACUUGCUAAGCAAGUUCGUUUUUUUAUUCCCUACUUCCACCAGGGAUGAUGAUCAAAACUGUACAGAGAUGUUUUAACAGCAAGGAUUUUUUUAUACAGUACUCAUGAUUUGUUCAUAUAGUUAUAUAAUUAUGUUAAAGCAGUGGUGGCAGGAAAAUACUCAUUUUUGCUGUCAUUUGCUUAUGUUCCGGUGGCCGAGUAAUGGGGAUGGUGUUAGCCAUGACAUAUGAUUGCCUUAGAUAUAGGAAAUCAUUGCUUGUUUACUAUUUUAUACAUUUAUUUCUGAAAAUUAGAAUUGAUUUGUUUAUAAUUUAUGAAAAUGUUGUCUUGGUUCUUAAGCUUAAUUGCAAGAUAUUAAAGUGAGUAUAUUUUACUUACGAAAAAGUUACUCUUUAACUGCAGUCAUCAUUGUUUGUGUAUUUAUUCUCCCUUUCCUCUUUGGAGUCACUGCUGGACCACCAGCAACCCAAAAUUUUGAUAUCUCUCUCUCUCUCUCUCUCUCUCUCUCUCUCUCUCUCUCUCUCUCUCUGUGUGUGUGUGUGUGUGUGUGUGUGUGUGUGUGUGUGUGUGUGUGUGUUACUGUAAGCACUUCCUGUGCUGCUUUGUUUGCCAAUUAUUGCCCUGGUUUUUAAUUAGUUGAAAAAUAAAAGUAUUAUUUGUGCUAUAUUUGCUUAAAGAAAAAGCUUUAUAAAGAGAGAAGCAAUUUUUGCCUUCACAUAUUUUUGCUAAUUUGUAACUGUUGCGGGAUAAUUUAGUUAAGAAACAUUUUAUGGUGAAAAUACUUAAUUCUCAUUGACUGUGAUCAGUUGCUUGUAGGCUAAUAUUAUAUUAAAAUUUAACAUUUCACAGUACUGAACCUCAUUUUUCAGCAGGCUAUUGCCACUCAUAUAUAGUCCGAAUAAGAGGGAUGGGUGUUUUAAGUAGCACUCUUUUGUGGGAUUAAGAAAAUCCUUAGAUUUAAGUCGUUAAAGAAUAAUUUGCAUUAUGUAAAGGCAAGUAAGACCCAGAUGCUGCAGAAUAAUUGACUUUAACUUUCAGUGUUACUGGUAUUUUUUUUUCAGGUAGGUAUCUAUUGGACCUUAAUCAUUGCAAAUUAAUUACGGAGGGCAGAAUUUACAUUAUUACACAACUAGUCUCAUUUGUAGUUCUGGUUAACUGUCUACUCUUCACAAAAUACAGUCUAUUGAACUCUUUUUUGUAUUUCUUUUAAACAACUCCUGUAAACAUGAAUUCACUUUUCAGUUUUGAAAUGUCUUGUCAGAGUAAUGGGAAAGAAGAAAUUUCUUAACAGUUAAAAGCAUGCAUACUUUUUGCAGCAGAGAUGAAUGCUGGAAGAAAAUACAAUUUGUGUCAGACAUGCAUAUUGGAAGUGCCGGUAAACAUUCACAUGUGAGAUGUAUGGAUUUGCAAUGUUGUGAAUGGGAUCAUUGCAUCACAACAGCAAUAGUAGAUGAGAGACCCAUAAUAAUGAACAAAGUCCUGUUUCAUAAGUGAAUUACAUGGAAAUAGGUGUAGGAAUUUAUAGUAGUAGCUUGUUUCAUCUUUGCAGACUGACAAGCACUGAAUGAUAGAAACCCGAAGUAGCUAGAAAAUACCUAUAUUUAUUUAUGCAAACAAUUACAGAAUAUGAUUAUAAACUUAAUUUGUAUAAACUACUGUUGCCUUAGUAGGAAUUCCGGCUUCAAAAAGUAUUGGUUUCGUGUAAGGACUAGUAAAUGCAUGCUUUAAAUUGGGCAUAAAAAUUCGUUGUAAUAGCUGUUUCCCAAUAAACGUGUGUGUGUGUGUGUGUGUGUGUGUGUGUGUGUGUGUGUGUGUGUGUGUGUGUGUGUGUGUGUGUUUGUUGGGGUGGGGGGUGGUAGGGGGAGGAAGGUACAUGUGCUUGCGUUUCAGUUAAAUUACCCUGUCAAUAUUUUGUUCAGUAGGCUGAUGUUAGGGAGAAGGGUAAAACAUCUAUAUGUACUUGUUAUGCAAAUCUAUUUUAUUAAUCUGAUUACCUUCAGGCACACACAUAAUAAUUGUAAAAUGACAGUGUUUUUAACUAAGAGUUAGAUAUUUGGUUUUUUUUGAUGGGAGUGUUAGACAUACUAAUUGGGAAAAGAAUCAGUGAUUUUAUUUGUUUGUCUUGACAUUAAUUAGAAUUGCCAAGUUGGUGUUACUGAUGGGAUGAGACCAAGAGCUCUUGUCAUUAAAUUUGUCAAGUAAUUGGUACCACUUUUUGUUCUGUCAGUACUAUUGAUGACUUUCUUACUGAUAAAUGUUAAAAUUUAGGUUGUUGAAACGUUCAGAAAAGUGUUUUAGAAAAUAUUGUUUAGUGAUGCCUUGGCUAAAGGAACAUGUCCCUAUCCUCCCACAAAGUAAGAAUUAGUGAUGAUGAUGAUGAUGAUAUUUGUAAAGGAUUUGUUUUUCCUUCUUUAAACUGAUGAAACAUUCUGUGUCAACCUGCAUUUUAAGCCACUACAUUAAAAUAAUAUGCAGUCAUGAGUUAUUGUAGCUUUCUAAGAGUCAUCGUUGCUCUCAUUUUAUUGAAUUUGAUCAUUCUGAGUUUUAAAGCCAUUUUGUACAACAAAAAGCUGAUGUAAUAUGAUUGUGGCAGACUUAAUGUGCAGUACGGAACAAUUUUAGUUUGUCAUUAUUAUAUUCUCAGUGGUGUAUUCCAGAAAACUAUUAUUUAGUAAUAGUUUGAUAAUGAUUACCAUAAGACGAUAAUAUCUUGUAACUAUCGAAAUUUCCUAUAAAGAAGUCGCACCUCCAAGAUGUUUUUACAUGACUGAUUUCAAUUAAUGAUUAAUCGUCUGUAGAGGAAAUAUUCUGCCUGCAUGCAAGAUUAGUAUGUGGCUGCUGUAUUCAAGAAGUUGAAUGUUACAGUAAUCUUUCUGUAUGCAAUGCAUGAAUGUCCUUAAUUGAAAUUGGUUAUGUCAAUAAAACAUUUAGUAGUUAGAACUGUUGUUUCAUUUUUGUAAACUGAAAAUUGUUUGCAAUUGGUUUCCGUAAGUUUGUAAAAGUAAUUUUAAAUAUACUGUGCAAAAACUAGUGGUGUUCUGAACAUAUUUUAUUGGAUGCCAGACCAAAAGUAGAACUAUUCGUAGAUCUAUGUUAUAUCAUGCACAGCGUCCACCAUUAACAGAGAAAUUCUUUAAAAUUAUGUGAUAUAAUUUUGGUAGUUACAAAGAGCAAAUAUUGUAGUUACAAAAAGCAAAAAUAUUCACCGUGAUAUAAAAAUUUGGCAGAUAUCUUUAUUUCUGCAUAUGCAUAGACUUAAUUGAUAGAUUGUUGUUUCAAAAUUCUUGCUUUAAUUUCAAUGUAACAAAUGUUGUUGAUUUUGUGCAUCCAUGUUUUCCUUAGAUAAACUUGUCUACAUUAAGAUUCAGAAGAAUAGCAGAGGGACCACAUUUUUUCCCCAACUCCUACAGUGAGAAAAUAUUUUCAAUGUUUUAGUUAAUUGAUCUGCUACCUGAAACAGAUUUUUAAAGAUAACUUACUGGUAAUGGAGAUUCAGAUAAGAUUCUUGUAACAAAGCAGUGUAUCUGAAUUAUAUCUUAAGAGAAAAGGUCACGAAUGAAUGAAUGGAGGAAAAUGAGAGUUUUGUAGAAUUCAUUGCAGAGGUACAUUCCAAGAUGGUCAUUAAGAUAAAAAUAAUAUUUGAUCAAAGUGACAGUUAUCACACAGUAUCUGUAAUUUUUGCAUUACAAAAUUUUAUAUUCAUUUGUGAAUCUGGAUUUGUAACACAUUGUAAUCAUAAGAAGUAACCUUUGUUGCUUCUCUUUAUAAAAAUGGAAACCUGGUUUUGACAAGUGCAUAUGGGAGAAAGUAAUUGAUGUUAUUGCAGGUAAAUAAGGUUUUAAGCACAGUUGAGAAGAGAAGCCGACUUAAUAAAGCACAUAUCUUUGAUAUCUAUUGCCAUAUUUUUAAAGGUUUCCUUUAUUACCUGUAAUUCUGAUAAUUAUGCAGAUAAUAAUGAAGGCAACAAUUCUGUAUGAAAGUUACGAAAAUGUGAUGUUUUAAAAAAUAAAUUUUUGAUUUGUUUACAAAUUUAA